GUGAGGAAGUUAUUUAUUACCUCAGAUGAGCCCUGCCUACAUGGACAAACAUCAUGUAUGAAGAAGUAGGACUGGCUAAUGAGAGAGAGAGAGAUUGAGAGAGAGAGGUAUCAUACUGCAGCUGUCUGUUUGGAUAGAGUUACUAGGCAGUGCUCACACCUGCAUUGGCUAGAGCUGUGUGUCUUCACCUGGUUCUUCACCUUUUUAACUCAAAGGAUUUUUUCUUUUGCACAACUUCUGUGUGUUGGGAAUAGAAAUGGCAGAUUUUCCUGGGAAGGUAAACACUGAGACAAGCUCACCCCAGGCUCAAGCAGCAUCAUGGCAACUAAUGAAUGUAUCUAUGAACUUGAACUUCAUCAAGACCAUUCCUGGGAUCCUCUUAAUUGCAGAGAUUGUUGUAGGCUUGUUGGUAUGGGCCCUUAUCGCUAGUGUUGUCUACCAGGCGGUCCCUGCCUAUGGGUGGGUGAUGUUUGUGAGUGUGACGCUGUGGAUUCUCUCUAUCGUUCUGUUCAUCAUGCUGUUUCUGAACUUGCAGCAGAAAUUAACAUCUGUGCCCUGGCCUUUAGUGCUGUUGGUGUUUUACGGUGUAGCGACCAUCCUGUAUCUCACUGCCUUUAUUGCCAAUGCUGCUUCAGUCACUCAAUAUAGAUAUCUUCCUUACCACUAUAAUCAUAUGGCAGCUGCUGCGUUUUUUGGCAUUGUGGUGACAUUAAUUUAUGGAGCAAGCACCUUCUUUGCAUACCUGGAAUGGAAGGGUGACGGAGGAAAUGCAGCCACUAGCACAGUGCCUGUGUAGCAAGGUGUUAUCUUCCUUCACCAGAGACUGUAUUCUUUGUGUUAAAAAAGUGACCUGAAGAGGAGUUGGAUAACACACUGACACGUUUUGCUCAAGCCUUUGUUCAGCAUUAUUUGAGACAGGCUGAGCAUGGGUAUGAUUUGAAUGUGUAAAUGUAUGGACUGCAGAUUUUAUAAUGUGUUGUUCUAUCAUGCUAUGCACCUCUGUGGUUUACUUACUUUGUAUACAGGCCAGGGAAAUAAUACAUGCUGAAAAUUCUGAACUGUUGAAUUGCUAAACUGUUGAUUAUAUAUGUAUUUAAACAGUGAACCUAAAAAAAAUGAAGCUUGAUGACAUUUUUUGUAUGUCAAUUAAAUUACAUUUAUUUACGCUUACCUUUUUAUACAGGUCAUAUUUACACAGACAUCAAAAAUCUAAUACAAACAAAUAGGAAGUACACACUAAAUCCAGAGAGGUGGUAGAACAUUUGAACCACAGAAAACAUCAGCAAAAUGGAGCAAUUGACUGAAGGGGAGCAGUCCUCCCACUCAGUCCCUGACACAUUAUACUGUGGCAGAAGUUUGAACACCCUGGCAAAAAUUCUGUUACUGUAAAAGUUACAUGGGUAGUGAUGAACUGAUCUCAAAAAGGCAUAAAGACUAAUAAUUCUCAACAUUUUCAAUGUAUAUUUUACAACAGGACUGUGUUCUUUUUUAUAUAAUAUAGGGAAUAUUGGGAGCAUUUUAGAGCACAUUUCAAAGCUUUAUAUUACAUACCCUGACCCCUCAAACCUGCUCGCAACAAACAGAAGCAAUUGACUCCUUUAAGCAGCUACGUAGCAAUCUUAAAAGAAUUCCACAAAGCAGGAAAUGACUGAGAAGAAAGCUAAAC